AUGGCUGGGCCGGGGAUGCAGCAGCAGGAGUUGUCAGAGCGGGUGUUCCCGUGCGUCAAGCUCCGCGGUCUACCCUUCGACGUCAAUGAGGACGAGAUCAGAGUGUUCAUGGAGGGCAUCGAUCCCGUGGAUAUCCUGCUCGUCAAACGCGAUGGACGCUUCUCAGGCGAGGCGUACUGCGUGCUGAGCAGCCCGGCCAUGAUCCAGGCGGCCCUCGACAAGAAUAAGUCGUACAUGGGAAGGCGUUACGUGGAGGUGUUCAAGGCCAAGAAGUUGGACUACUAUAAGGCGGUCAUGGGGGAGAUGCUGGAUGGGACGGGCAUGGGCCGGCCGGGGCGGCCCGGCGCGCAGCAGCAGAUGAUGAUGCAGCACGGCUACCCCAUGCAGCACGGCUAUGCCAUGCAGCAGGGCUACGGCGGCUACGGCCACCAGGGCGGCUACGCCAACGGCGGGGUCUACGGCGGCGGUGGCGGCGGCGGCAUGCGCGAGGAGGGCCCCAGCAAUGUGCUGCGGCUGCGGGGGCUGCCAUUCAGCGCUGGCAAGGAUGACAUCAUCCGCUGGUUCGAGGACGUCCAGGUCACCCCGCCCUCACAGGAGGGCGUUCACAUCAUCACCGACUACGGCCGGCCGACCGGCGUGGCGCUGGUCGAGUUUGCGUCGCCGCAGGAGGCGCAGGCGGCCAUGGUGAAGGACAAACAGAUGAUGGGCACGCGCUACAUCGAGGUGUUCUUGUCCAGCCGGGACGAGCUGCAGAGGAACGGCGUUGAGGUGCCUGCCCAGCUGGUGUGGAGCAAAUGGCAGCCCGGAGGAGAAUAUGUGAAGACUAUCACAGUCAAGAACGUGUCGAAACGGGUCGUCUUCCGCCCGCUGCGGGCGCAGGCUUAUUCUGACACAGCCGUCGUCACCUGCGACGGUGUCGCCAUCCCCGUGCCGCUGGCAGCGCCGCUGGCCGCCAGCCGCCUGCAGGCGCCGAGGGCGGUCGAUUUCGGGCUGGUGCCCGCGCGGGAGCUGUUGGUGCGGCAGCUGCCCAUAUCAAACGUAGGCGAGGCGCCGCUCGCGUUCUCAUGGCGAGUCGAGGCCCCCUUUUCGCUGACGCCCGCGGCCGGGCGGCUGGCGCCGGGGGAGGGCGCGUUGUGCCAGGUGGCGUUUGCGCCGGAGGAUGCGGCGGCGUUUGCGGGCACGGCGGCGUGCGAGCUGGACAACGGAGAGGUGGUGGAGGUCAACCUCUCUGGCGCCGCCAAGUUCCCGUACCUGUCCCUGGAGUGCGCGUCCCUCGACCUCGGACGCGUCGCCGUGGGCAGGACGUCGUCGGCGCAGCUGCGCGUCGCGAACCUGUCGCCCGUGCAGGCGCGCUUCUCGGUCGAGCCCUGGGACGCAGCCGCCAUGGCGGGGCUGGUCGCGGCGGCGGGGCUCGCGAACGGCGGCAGCGACGGCAGGGAGGCGGAUGAUGAGGCGGGCGUGUUUGACGUCGACCCGAAAGAGGGCACUCUGGGCCCGGGCGAAUACGGCGUCCUGACAGUCACCUAUGCACCCCAGGCCAGCGGCGCCGCCUCCUUCCGCCGCUUUGCCGUGGUCACCCCUGGCGGCAACCGCGCGCCGCUGCGCGUCAGAGGCGAGGCGGAGGGGCCGAGGGUCACGCUGAGCGCGCGUGUGCUGGAUUUUGGCAGCGUGAGGGCCGGGCAGGAGGCGUCCAAGGUUGUCUACAUCGAGAACGCGUCCGAGGUUGCUGCCGCCUACGAGUUCCGGGACGACGGUGGGGGCGUGUUCGAGCUGAGCCAGCCGCGGGGCGUCGUCGGGCCGCGGUCCGCAGGGCACACGCGCGUGACGUUUGCGCCGGGGCUGGCGGCCAACUACUGGCGGCGGCUGGUUUGCGUUUUUCAGGACGCCGCCCCAAUAUCACUGGACGUCUUGGGGACCGCUUUUGACGACAAGAGCCGCCCUCCGCCGCUGACCUAUGCCCACGUGUGCGCCUACCUGGCCCGCACCGACGCCGGCGGCGCGCCGCUCCCUGGAGAGGGGCCGAACGGCGGCGCCGACGCGGCGACGGCAGCAGCAGCAGCAGCAGCAGCGGUAGCGGCAGCGGGCAGGUCCGCGUCGCCGAUGGGCUGCGCCAAGAGCACCAGCGCGUCUCGCUCCCGCUCGCCGGCGGCGGCGGCGGCGGCGGCGGCGGCCCCGGGGCCCGCGGAGGAGGAGGGAGCGGCAGAGCAGCAGCGGCCGGCGGCGCAGGUGGUGGGCCCGGACGGGUGGCGGCUGCUCUUUGACGGUCAGGACCCCGCGCGGGCGCUGGAGCUCAGCGAUGACGUCAUCGACUUCGGGGCCUGCUCGCGGCUGUCGGCGGCAGAGCCGCGCGCCGUCAGCGUCACCAACCGCACGGGCGCAAAGCUCUCGGUGUUUGCCUGCGUGCCCGGCUGGCGCGACCCGUCCUCGCCGGGCGGUGCGCCGCCGCCGCCGCGCGGGCCGUCGCCGCCACGGGCGCGUCGGGUGGCGGGCGGCGCAGGCGCGGCAGCCGCGGGACUCGGGGGGACAGCGGCUGUCCAGCAGCAGCAGCAGCAGCAGCAGCAGCAGCAGCAGCAGCAGCAGCAGCAGCAGCAGCAGCAGCAGCAGCAGCAGGUGUUCCAGGUGUUUCCGGACAUUUUGGAGCUGCAGCCAGGGGCCAGCGGCACCUUGAGGGUGGCUUUCAGGCCGCCCAAGGACGGGCAACACUAUUGCUGCACUGUGCAGGUGGUGGGGGUGGUCAAGGGGCAGCGCAACUUCCGGCUGGUGCCGGGCGACAGGGUGGUGCCCCCCUGGACGCGCAGCCUGCAGCUGCUCAGCAGGCGCAGCUUGGGCCGCGCCGCCCGCUAG